UUAAAUAACCACAAUGGCUUUGAGUUCAUUUGACAUCGAUGCACCACAAUGGGAUCAGUCUACGUUUAUGGGCCGACUGAAACACUUCUUCAACAUCACCGACUGUCGAACAGCGCUCUUGCCUGACUCGCGCUUAGAUGAAGCCAAAGCUUUAGUAGAAAGCUGCAGGGCAGGAUCCAUCCCUCCCGGCACUACAGAGGAGCAGCUCCACUACGCUAAGAAGCUGUACGACUCGGCCUUCCACCCUGACACAGGAGACCGCAUGAACCUCAUCGGCCGUAUGUCCUUCCAGGUCCCUGGAGGCAUGGCCAUCACCGGCUUCAUGCUGCAGUUCUACAGGACAGUUCCUGCUGUGGUGUUCUGGCAGUGGGUGAAUCAGUCCUUCAACGCUCUGGUCAACUACACAAACCGUAACGCUGCCUCCCCGAUCACUCCCAAGCAGAUUGGAGUCGCCUACAUUACAGCAACCAGCACAGCGUUAGCAACAGCAGUCGGACUCAACCUAUACACAAAGAAAGCUCCUCCUCUUGUGGCUCGCUGGGUCCCGUUUGCAGCGGUGGCAGCAGCCAACUGUGUUAACAUUCCUAUGAUGAGGCAACAGGAAAUUCUGAACGGCAUCGCUGUCACAGAUGAAAACGGGAACAAACUGGGUCACUCUACGAAAGCAGCAGUAAAAGGCAUCACACAGGUGGUCAUCUCUCGGAUCACCAUGGCCGCACCAGGAAUGAUUGUCCUCCCCAUCAUCAUGCAGAGGCUGGAGAAGUACAAGUUCAUGCAGAGAAUCACUUUCCUCCACGGACCAAUUCAAGUGAUGAUGGUUGGCGUGUUUCUGAUCUUCAUGGUGCCGGCUGCCUGCUCCCUGUUUCCUCAGAGAUGCUCUAUGGCCGUGUCGAAGCUGGAGCCGGAGCUGAGAAACUCCAUCGUGUCUCAAUAUGGAGACAGCGUACAACAAGUUUACUUCAACAAAGGCCUCUAAGCCUGAGAGCGAUGAUUACUGUGACCUAGUCGACACACAAGAGCACAUACAUGUGUGUUUGUGUCCUUUGUCGUGUUUUUCUAAUUGUUAGUCAUGAUGAAAUACUUAUUAGCUUCGUUAUCAUCAAAAUGGUGCUUAUCGAUCAGUGGGAUUUUUGAUCUUUUUUAUCUGAUUCUACUUCUCUUUCUUUGGGGUCAAAUGUUUUCUUACGUUAGACAUGACGGAUAAAAGGGGCAUUGUGUACUCCUGUUGAGAAACCAAAUGAUCUCCUCUCAGGAACAGCAUGUUUCUUUGCCAGAUUAGAUCUCUGUUAGUUUGUCUUUCAUGGUGUGACUCCUCUGUAGUUGUUUUCUUUGCCUGUUUAGUGUCUCAAUGUUGGAAAAUGCUUCUGUCUGCCAAGCCUCUUUACAAUCUGUGCCUUCUACAUAGUGGCAGGAGCAACAACGCUGCUGGAUUUUCUGUGUUUUUGUUGGUUCAUUGGUUCACUGUGAAACCAGAUAAAUACUUCUAUGCACAGAUUAAGUCUGAAAUUGUCAUGCAGUGUGGUGUGAGAGAAACCGUCAGAUGUUGUAGUUGUGUGGUUAAAGGUGGAGGAUACUGCCCUCUUCUGCCAGAACAAAGGUAGAUGUUUGACUUGUUUGCAUGAUUUAUCUCAGAGGUUUGCCAUUUGGAUCAUUUCAUCAUGUAAACUCUGACUAAGCAGGAAUAAAACCACACAAAUAUUUGGAAUAUA